UGCGAGGUGAAAUGCUUGUCCGCCCCGGAGAGGAGACACUGCGGCACUGAGUCACGGUGCUGGUCCCUGCUCUCCGUGUGGCUCUCAGGUUCACCGCCUUGCUUAAUUAGGACAUCCUGCAAGAGUGACGGGGCAGGAGGGGACCGACAGAGCCACGGUCCGUCCCGGGGUACUGACAGUCCCAACAAAAACAUCUGCAGCAAUUUGCGGACCAGAGGAAAAGGGGAUUUGACACCAUGGAAGGUUUAAUGGAACGGCUGGAGCAAGCUGUGACUCGCCUGGAGAAGAUGUCCAUCACCAAGCAGGCGUCCAGCCGCAUGACUAAUGGGGACUGUGUCAAUGGCAUCAAUGGAGGCAAGUCUCAAUGUGUGGAGGCCUUUGACGUCCUGCUGAGUGGUCCGUUGUCAGAGUACCUGAACUGCAGCCACGCCAUAGGAAGUGAGGUGGAGAAACAUGCGGACAUGGUCAACAACGCCCUGCAAACUCUGAGAACUUUUCUCAAGAUGGCUGCCGCACACCAGGAACCUUCACAGACGGAGCUGCACGACCUGCUGAAGCCAAUUUCAGAGCACAUCCAGGAGAUCCAGAGCUUCCGCGAAAGAAACCGCGGCAGCAGCCUCUUCAACCACCUGUCAGCGGUCAGUGAGAGCAUCCCCGCUCUAGGCUGGGUGGCUGUGAAUCAGAAGCCGGGUCCGUAUGUUAAGGAGAUGAACGAUGCUGCCACCUUCUACACGAACAGAGUGCUGAAGGACUACAAGGAAAACGACAGGCGUCAUGUAGACUGGGUUCGUUCUUACCUUUCGAUCUGGACCGAGAUGCAGUCCUUCAUCAAACAGCACCACACUACAGGACUGGUGUGGAGCAAGAGUGGCCCCAUUGCUCCUUCUCUCUUUGACCGCCCCAGUGCUCCCUCCUGUCCUCCUCCGCCUCCCCCUCCUCCACCUGGCCCACCUCCGGUCUUCAAUGAUGAUGACGCCGGGCCUCAGGCGGGUGGUGCUGCGCCUCAACACUCGGCACUCUUUGCUCAGCUCAACCAGGGCAUGGACAUUACUAAAGGUCUGAAGCAUGUAUCGGAUGACAAGAAGACCCAUAAGAACUCCAAUCUGCGUUCGCAAGCAACACCGACCAAAACAAAGUCCCCAGGGACGGUGAACUCGCCCAGGCCGGCUGUCCAGAAAAGACCCCCUCUGCUGGAGCUUGAGGGGAAAAAAUGGAGGGUGGAGAACUUUGAGCAGAAACACGACCUGACAAUUGAGGAGACAGAGCUAAAACAAGUGGUCUACGUCUUCGGCUGUAACAACUCCACCCUGCAGAUUAAGGGCAAAAUUAACUCCAUCAUCAUAGACAACUGCAAGAAGAUGGGUUUGGUUUUUGAGAACGUCGUUGGGAUUGUGGAGAUCAUCAACUCAAAGGGAAUUCAGUUACAGGUGUUGGGAACAGUUCCAACCAUUUCCAUCAACACGACAGAGGGCUGCCAGGUUUACCUCAGCAAGGACUCCCUCAACUGUGACAUCGUCAGUGCCAAGAGCUCUGAGAUGAACAUCCUGAUACCACAAGAUGAGGAAUAUAAAGAGUAUCCAGUCCCGGAGCAGUUCAAGACCGUUUGGGACGGCUCCAAACUGGUGACAGAGCCCACUGAAAUCGCAGGCUGAUUGAUGCU